GGUCUAAUGUUUCGUGGAUGGAGUACAGAGGUAGGGUGGCACAAGUUUCUUGGUAAGACACUGAAGCUCACAUUGCUCCUGGUGGUUCUGGACAGCAUCUUACAAAGAAAAAGAGCUGCCAUUGUUGUGUGAAUGUAAGGACACCAAUGAAUGUUACAAAACCACAUUAAAACCUUAAAUCUAUGUCUUCACCCACCAACAGGGCUGUAAUCAUCAAAUGUUGGUUCCCACCUUUACAGGAAGUCCUUAAAGCUGGUUUCCUGUCAGAUUUGGUCCCCAUUCAGAUGUCCUCACUCUGCUUCCAUAACGGGCUGGCAGUGAUGUUGGAUGAAGGGCACGUGGGUGAUAAGGCCUUAAGUAGAGGGCUAAAUGUAGCAGCCGAAUGAUAAGAGGUGCCAUCUCAGCUGGAGCUCAGUUCAGUGUUCAGUCUCUGCAAAGGACAAACAGAUCAGUCAGGUUCAAGUUAGAGGAAAAACAAGAAGCUCAAAGAUUGACGGAAAUAGACCGGGAAACGGCGACGCUGAAGAAACUUAGAUGAUCCUAAAACCUGGAGUUUUUUUAAGACUGAAAGAACCAUGAAAGUAGCACACAAGAAGAGGUGAAAAACAUAAACGGAUAUACAGAAGUAAGGAGAGAGACAUAAAAUAUUGACUCAAGCCAAGAAGACAAACCAUGGAGAGACAAGCAGAGAUGGAAGAUGUGAAGGUAGAAGAACGUUCUGCUGCAGAGGAAGCAGAGUCCAGUGGAGACACGACAGAGACAUCCCUCACAUCUGUCAGGUCAGAGGUGGAGGAUGAAGGCGAGAAGGAAAGCAGAGAGGAGAAGAUGGAGGACGAUGAAGCAGAAACAGAAAAUGGAGAAGAGGAACACUCUGAUGAGGAGACUAAAGCAAAGAAACUGAUGGAAGUCUGGAAGUCAGAGGCCUCUGCAGAUGCAAAGCCUCCUCUACCAGACCCAGCCUUUAACAGGAGAUGCAGCCUUAUCGUCAGCGAUAUCAGAUAUAAAGAAGACUUUGAGAAGAUGAAGGGUCAGAGUCUCUUUGUUCCUGGAGCUGAACUCAUCCAUUCAAAGAACAUCAGCGCUGUGAUAUCUGAGUCGAAGUAUAAGGAGGAGGGAAAGAAGGAGGCGGCGAUCUCUCUGUACUCCAUCCUCCCUGAAACUCCAGAGACUCAACACGCCAGAGAGGCUUCAGAGCUGCAGAGCGAGAUUAAAUACAAGGGAAACACAAAGACAGAAAUUUCCUCCUCGCUUUAUUCUCUGCUGCCAGAAACCACGGAGACGCAGUUCGUCAAAGAGCUGACGGAGAUGCUGAGCGAGAACAAGUACAAGGAGGAAGGAAAGAGGGAGAUGAGCAGCAGUUUGUACUCUCAGCUCCCUGAAACCUCGGAGAUGCAGCUGGCGAAGACCGUCCACGAGUUUCAGAGCGAGAAAAAGUACACAGAAGACGGCAGGAGAAAGGCUUCCAUCUCCCUUUACUCCCAACUUCCAGACACUCCAGAACUGCAGCAUGCUCUGGAGGUGUCACAGCUGCAGAGCCAGGUGAAUUAUCGGCCAAAGCUCAUGCGUAAAGGAACCCCCUCCUCUCUUUACUCUCAGCUGCCUGACACCACAGAGAUUCAGUUUGCCAGAGAGAUGACUGAGCUGCACAGCGAGAGUAAGUACAAGGAGGGUGGCAGACGGAGCCUCUCGCAGAGUUUCUACUCUCAGCUGCCAGAGACUGCAGAGACCCAGUUUGCUAAAGCUGUUGCUGAGCUGCAGAGCGAGAUGCGGUACAAAGAAUCGGGGAGGAAAGGCGUGAACUCCAGUUUCUACUCCGUUCUCCCUGAAACAAUAGAAACCGCUCGAGCCAAGGAAGUGUCUGAGCUGUGCAGUGAGUUGAAGUACAAAGAGGACGGUAAGAAGGAGAUGAACAUCAGCCUGUACUCUUUGCUGCCUGAAACCAUGGAGACUCAGCACGCUAAAGAGGUGUCAGGCCUGCAGAGUGAGGUGAAGUAUAAAGAGGGUCUGAAGCAGAAGAUUCAACACAGUUUGUACCAUCAGCUUCCAGAGACCACAGAGACUCAGCUGGCCAAGCAGCUGUCGGAGCUGCAGAGCGAGACCAAGUAUAAGGAAGCAGGAAAGAAGGAGACCAGCAGCUGCCUGUUCUCUCUGCUGCCCGCAACCCUGGAGACUCAGCACGCCAAGGAGACGUCGGAGCUGCUAAGCGAGGUGAAGUACAGGGAGAGUGGGAAGAAGGACAUGUCCAACAGCAUCUACUCUACGAUGUCUGACACCCCAGAAACCAGCUUUGCCAAGGAGAUGAGGGACGUGCUGAGCCAGACUAAAUACAAAGAGAAGGGGAUGAAGACUCUCUGUCAGACUCUUUACAGCCAGCUGCCAGAAACCGCUGAGACGCAGUUCGCCAAAAACGUCGCUGAGCUGCAGAGCCAGACAAAGUACAAUAAAGGAAAGGAGAACUUGUCGAGCUCUCUGUACUCCACCCUUCCAGAGACUCUGGACACGCUGCACGCCAAAGAGGCCGCUCAGCUGCAGAGUCAGCUGAAUGACAGAGCGGCGCUGAAGAAAGACCUCUCUUCGAGUCUGUUCCAUCAGCUGCCAGAGACUUUGGAGACAGCCUAUGCUAAAGAGGUCUCUGAGCUGCUCAGUGAGGUGAAGUACAAAGAGGACGGUAAGAAGGAGAUGAGCAUCAACCUGUACUCCUUACUGCCUGAGACCAUUGACUCUCAACACGCUAAAGAGGUGUCAGACCUGCAGAGCGAGGUGAAGUAUAAAGAAGGUCUGAAGCAGAAGAUUCAACACAGUUUGUACCAUCAGCUUCCAGAGACCACAGAGACUCAGCUGGCCAAGCAGCUGUCGGAGCUGCAGAGCGAGACUAAAUACAAGGAGGCCGGCAAGAAGGAGGUGAGGACGAGUCUGUACUCGCUGCUGCCUCAAACCAUGGAGACGCAGCGAGCCAAGGAAGCUUCAGAGCUGCUCAGUGAGAUCAAGUAUAAGGAAAGUGGGAAGAAGGAGCUGUCCAGCUCCCUGUACCACACGCUUCCGGACACUUUAGAAACCGCGUUUGCCAGAGAGGUGACGGACAUGCUGAGCGAGGUAAAGAAAAGCUCUGAGUCUAGACCGGGGGUCGGCAACCUGCGGCUCCGGAGCCGCAUGCGGCUCUUCAAGCACUCCCUUGCUGGCUCAGUGGCGCUUUUUCAAAAAUGUUUGUAAAUAAUUAAAAAUGUUGGAAGGAAGUAUAUUCUCGCGGUUUGGGUGGGAGCAGUGCCAAGCAGAUAGUUGCCAGGUUUGAAUCCAGAGAUCACUUGCGUCCCAUACAUUGCACGACCCCAAGUGAUUGGAGGAAGAAGCGUACACGCAGGCCGUGUUAAUCAUUUGGUGUCAACAUAUGACCACCUGUCGUUUAACAAUAAGGAACCACAGAGCAGCCGACACUGUGAGGAUCGUCACUCAUACACACACC